CCAGCGCUUGCCCUCCCUUUUAGCUUAUCUUUUCAUCUCCCGGCGAAGACGCAAGGCAUCGUCUGUAGCCGCCGCCACUCCUGCCAAAUCCCAUCUGUCCUUCAAUCACUUUGAGGGGAGAGAGAGAGAGAGAGAGGGCAGGGAAGAUGAAGGCGACGUUGAAGGGCCGGUACGAGGCUAACAAGGGCGCCACCGCUGUCUCCACUCUCGCAGUCAAUGCUGGCGAUGUCCGCAUCAAGGCAUCCAUGACCGACGCCACCUUCAUCCGUGGCCCCUCCCUCAACGGCCUCGCACUCUCCGUCGAGAAGCCAGGCGCCUUCAUACUUGACUACCACCUGCCUGCCAACGAUGUGCGAUUCCAAUUCAUGAAUUCCGUCCGUUUGAUGGACAAGACGGUGAAUUUGACCUACAUCCACGCCCAGGGGAGUAAUCGGACGACUCUAGACGGGUCCGUUGCCUUCAAUCCCUCCGACAAGGUUAACGUGAGCUAUACCUUUGGUGAACCGAGCGCCUGUAAGGUUAAGUACGUGUACGCGCACGGGGAAUUGGGCAGGACGGUGCUAGAGCCCUGCUAUGAUGUGUCUAAGAACGCUUGGGACUUCGCCGUCACCAGGAAGUUCGAGGAGGGAGACUCCCUCAAGGCCACAUACCAUACCUCCACUAAUAAUCUUGACCUCGAGUGGUGCAGGGAUCCCAAGGACAGUGGCUCCUUCAAGGACUUGAGCACCGGGAAAACGAUUAACAGUGUUGAGUUUUGUGAAGGCCUUUACUUCUUUAAUGCCUAUCUAUCUUCAAGUCAUUUAGUUAGUCACAAAUGUCAGUUGAGUUCCGGUGAUAGUAGUCAAUCCAAUACAGAAAGUGAUUAUGAUGUGGCACUUUCGACUUGGUCAUCUCAAUUUUUCAUAUUUAAGAUAUGUGCAAUCGUCAACUUAGCAGAGCAACAAAAAACUCCAAAAUUGAUUGCCGAGAGCACAUGGAAUUACGAGAUUUGAUUAAUGCAUUUCGAUAACCAUUUCCCAAUGAAAUUCACUGAUUUACACGGACCAUAAGAUAAAGAACAAGCUGCCUCUUGUCCGACUUAGGUACACGGAGGAGAAGCUUUAUUUUCGGCACUAUUUAAAUUGCAAUGUCAAUCAAUAAGGGUGUAUUGUGAUAGAAUGGUGAAAAUAUAAUGUAUGAAUCAACUAACAACUUUUGUAAACUUGUGAACUAUUUUUUCUUACAGAGCUCAUAGUUGCUUA